ACUGAACAACCCAGCGUCAUCCUACACAAUGAAAUUGUGAAAUUCCUACACAAUGAAACAGCAGUUCAAAAAGAGUAUUGUAAACUAGCAGCAAUGUUGGUAGUAGUAUUGAAUAUAUAGAUAUGGCAAGUAUGGCAGUAAUAAACAUAAACAUUUUAACUAGCAUAUUUUCACCACCUGGGGCCUGCUCAUCAGGAAGUCAAGGAUCCAAUUACAAAGGGAGGUGUUGAGUCCCAGGGUCCUGUGCUUAGGAAUAAGCUUAGUGGGCACAAUAGUGUUGAAUGCAGUGCUGUAGUCCACCAACAGCAUCCUCAGGCAUGUGUUGCCUUUUUCCAGGUGGGAUAGGGUGGUGUGUCGUCAGGGCGAUGGCAUUCAUAGAUCUACUGGGACGGUAUGCAAAUUGAAAGGGGUCCAAGGUGUCAGGAAGGGUGGCAGACGUGAGUGAAAUGUUGUUCGGGACAGUAGCCUACAUACCCUAAUCUAAUCGUCUUUUCACCGGGUUAUCGACCCCCCCCCCCAAGCACAAUAAAAAGAGCCCAACUAUGGGCGAAACCUACCCAUCUGGCAACACUGCCAAUAUGAUUUUCUUUCCCACCUAUGGUCAUAUUCUCUGCAGUAUAUCGCUGGUAAGCUAUUUAGCAUAUGAGCGCAAAUAAUUUUUACCAUCCUGACACAGUGUCAGUGUGAGAUUUUGGGAAGACUUAACAAAUGUUAACAAAUAGUGAUUAAAAGUGAAGUUUGAUCACAUUUGGUCCCUUUAAGAUCCCUUCAGUCUUAAAGAGUAAUUCACUGCACCUCAGAAUCCACAGUAAAACGUUUGUAUACGAUAGGAGUGGGAAAAGGGUGCCAUUGCAUUGGUAAGCACCUGAAGCACUUCACAACAGCAUUAAUGAUAAGUGAUAAAAGAAAGACAGCACCUCUAAUAGCCUGUUUGACACGGCAGCCUGCUGAAUUUGAAGGAGAACACUACUUUUGGCUGGUUUCUGUAAACAUUUUUGAAUGUUUGGAUUGAUGUGACAUGCACUCGUGGGAGCAAGGAUGCUAAUGUGGUGGCAGAAAAGCGGUAUUCAGCAUUGCAGUACAGAUAACGCCUGCGCUGGAAUGUGAAGCAGGCUUAAGCUAGCUUUUAGAAAACCUUGAGGCGCUAUACCAUCAGUCAUAGUCCUGGACUGUUUACAGAUGGUUGAAAGCCAUGCAUUAAAUCACCAAUGUAAUGGCCAAAAUUCUAACUCUUUUCAAUGCACACUGGUGAAAUUAAGCUUACGCUUAAUUGACCUUUGGGUAGACAGUUGCUCGAUUUCACCCAUGACUACCAUUAAACCUAACAUCAAAGGGGGAUUAAUUAGGUUAAUUGAAUAAGCAUGCAUUUCUCUCCCCUUCCCUCCUAGCUGUUUGCUCUUUCAGACAGUAGUCUUAUUUAAUCAAUGAUUGUCGAUGUUUCAUCUGGUGGUGUUUCUUCCUCUCUCCUACCGCCAUUAAGUUGUUAAUGGUUAUGGCGUCUGUGUUUUCUCUCUCCCUCAGUAAUUAUGCCAUACCAAGUUUCAUUUUAAAUCUAGUCUCUAUCGAGUUGAUGGUAGAACUUGUAGGGAACAAAUCACGUGUGUCAUAUUAGUGUAGAAACUAAAUUGUACAGGCCAUUUUAAUGUUAUUGCUUGAUUAUACUGACAUGCUAUGCAUGCAUUCAUCAACACUCAGUGUUGAAACCAAGCAGUUUAUAAUGCUGCAAUUUUUAUUAUCAGUGCACACACGUCAUUGUCUUCUUACUGGAUAUCCUUUGGUUGGCUGGGACUCCCUAACCUGGCUAGUCCUAGAGAUACCGUGGGUGAAUUCAGUGUUGGAGAAUUCAGAGAGUCUCAGCGGAUUGUGCUUGGGGAGCUAGGUCACAAUGGCAGAGUUUCCGGAGGGCUUCAACCAACUGGAACUGCUGAAGACCCACGGUCACCUGAUUCCCCGCGGAGCCCGCAGCCUCUGGCCUGGAGAUGAAGGAGAGCAGGAGGAAGAUGAUGAUGACGAAGAGGAGGUGGUGGAGGGGGAACGGACUGAGGAGUGGUAUCAGCAGAAGGAAGAGAAGCUGACAGACAAACCGGAGGAGUUGAUGCUGUGGGCGGCAGAGAAUGAUAGGCUGCAGACAGUCAAGCGUCUGCUUUCACUCAACCCUUCACUUGCACUUUGCCAGGACGACGACGGUUAUACGCCGCUGCACCGCGCGGCCUAUGGCGGCCACACCGCCACAGCCUCGGCCCUGCUGGCAGCGGGCACCGGCGUUAACUCCCGCACCAUCGAUGGCUGGACACCCCUGCACAGCGCGUGCCGCUGGGGCCAGGUCGCCGCCGCCUCCCUCCUGUUGCGCUGGGGGGCGGAGCUGAACGCCCAGACCAACGGCGGACUCACGGCUCUCCACCUGGCCGCCUCCUACCCCGGCCCGGGCUCCGCCCAUACGCUGGAGUUGCUCCUGUCACAGCGCCACGUCAAGGCAGAGCUGCGGAGCAAUAGCGGGGAGACGGCGGGCGAAAUCGCGCGCCGUAGUGGACCGUACCACUUCCUGUUUGAAAUGACGGAGGAAUGUAACAGUGUGAUUUCUCAUCGGUGACCGCCUCACGCACGCAAACACACACACACACACGCACGCAUGACACUCACGACACUUCCACCUCCUACUAGGAUUUUACAAGUUGAGGAGUCGACAGUUCACAAAGUUCAAAACUAUGUAUAAGGGAAGAGGUCAAACCGAGUGAAAAUGUCAAGGCACAGAGUGAAAAUGUUUGCACAUUCAUAAAACGCCUCUUCCAAUCGGCAGAGACCUUAAUGGAAGACUGUUUGAAGAAAUGUCAUAUGAACGUUUAUACCAGUAGUUCCCAACACAUAUUUGAUUUACGGCCAGAGAGAAACAUCUCCAAUUCAACUCAGUGAGGGUCUGAUGAUUCGCUGACAAGUUGACUCAGGUGUGCUUGUCGGGGGCUACGAUAAAAUAAAGAUUACCAUUGAUUUACUCGACGGGCAGAACCACUGUGUUAGACCACUACAAAGUCUUUAUUCAGAGUCUUUAUGUGGGUUAUUUUUGUACAAUGUCCAUCAUUUCAGUUAUAUGUUCCAAGGCUUUAGAAGGUGGUGACUAUUAUGACUACAGUGAAAUGAAGCUUUGUGUGUGCGCUCAGGCUAAUGAGUAGGGCUUAUUGUCGCUGAGCUUUGGGGUGUAUUUAUGUCAUUUAUUAUUUUCAGCGUAAUGUGGGAAAUCAUUUAGUCUAAUUCUAUGGCCGCAGCUCUUUGAUUAGUCAUCCCUGUGUCCUCCAUGCUUGAUGUGAAAUAAAAAGGAAUGGGAGUCUGUA